UCGCAGUAGUCGCUGUGACUCCAGCGAAUAUAUUACACUAAAACGCGACUAAAGGCGGCAACUAAGUCAGUCAGACAGUCAGUCAGUCAGGCACUGCAACGUGAAGCUUUUGUUUGAGAAACGAUAAAAAAAUAAAAAUAUUUGUGAAAUAUAUACAAUAACUCAUAAAUAACGGUGAAUGGCAUGUGUUCGAUUUGCUUCGUUUAACGCUUAGUUAGAGGCUGACCACGUCACAUUCAACGUUUAGUUCAAUUCAAUAAAAAUUCUUGAACUUGAUUUUCGAUUUGUUUUUUUUUAUUUUUGUGAAAUUACACCUGUCUAACGGUAUAUACGGCUGUACAAUCGAAGAAUUUCGCUCACAAACGCGACUGUGAUAUUUUUCAAAACCUUCCUCUUCUUGCACACGGCGAAAAGUUAGUCAAUUAAAUUACUUCUACGCGCAUUCUUCCAUUGAAUUCCUUAAACGAAAAUGUAUAGCCUGAAAUUAGUAUGCGCGUGUGCAUUGUUGUGCCAGUACGCCAUGGCGGCCUCGGUGGUGCCACACUCGCCAAUUCUAGCGAUGAACGCGAGUGAUCUUGGCGUGGAAUUCGUGCCUUUGGAAGCAUCCACAACCGAGAAGGUGGUGGAGAAGAUGGAAAAAGGCGCGAACGAAGCGAGUAAACCCAAAAAACGAAUUGAAGAUGCCGCUUUUUGGCAUGAGGUCGGCAUGAAGCAGCUACGAAAAGCUAUGAAGCUGGCUAAAAAAACGGGUGAACCUCCGCGGAAAGCUAAAAAUAUAAUUGUUUUCAUUGGCGAUGGCAUGGGCUUGACAACAAUAACUGCUGGACGCAUUUUCAAGGGACAAUAUUUGAAGCACGGCUUUGGUGAGGAGGAAAUGUUGGCGUUCGAUGAGUUUCCAUACACCGGUUUGGCAAAGACUUACAAUGUGGAUAAGCAAGUACCGGAUUCUGCGGGCACUGCGACUGCCAUGUUUUGUGGCAUCAAAAGUGACUAUGGUGCCAUUGGUAUGGAUACAACGCGUUCUAAGCUGGAUGCUAGUCAGGGUCGUUUGAAGUCCAUAAUGGAUUGGGCACAAGCGGAGGGUAAACGUACCGGCAUCGUAACAACAACACGCAUAACACAUGCCACACCGGCAGCCACCUACGCACGCAUCUAUCAUCGUGAUUGGGAGUGCGAUACCAAAGUGCCCGCCGAAUCGGUUGGAAGGCAUGUGGACAUUGCGCGACAAUUGGUGGAGAAUGCGCCAGGUAACAAGUUUAAUGUGAUACUGGGCGGUGGUCUAUCGCCAAUGGGUGCCUUGCGCGUAAAUGAGUCGAACCCUGUGCGCUUCGAAGGCGAUACCGAAGAAGUGUGUGAGCGCGGAGAUGGGCGCAACCUUGUUGAAGAAUGGCUGAAACUUGGCAAUGAUGAAUCACGCGUUUUCGUGAAAACGUUGAAGGAGCUGAAUAAUGUCAACCUCGAGAAAACGGAUCAUUUGUUGGGUCUCUUCCGCAACAAUCACAUCACUUACUCCGUGGCACGACAGGAAGGUGAACCCUCGCUAAAGGAGAUGACAGAGGCGGCUAUACGCGUGCUGGAGCGCGAUGAUAAUACGAAGGGUUAUAUGCUGAUGGUGGAAGGUGGGCGUAUCGAUCAAGCGCAUCAUCAGAAUUACGCACGCGCCGCUAUGCGUGAGGUGUUCGAGUUCGAUAUGGCGAUACAAGCAGCGUUGGAUCUCACCGAUGAUGAGGAAACUUUAAUUAUAGUUACUGCUGAUCAUUCGCACGCCGUCACAUUGAAUGGCUACCCGAAGCGGGGCGCAGACAUUCUCGGUUUUGCCAACAAGACCACCGAACGUGUAGUGUACGAGACUAUAUCGUACGCCAAUGGUCCAGGCUAUUAUGAGCACUUGGCGAACGAUAGUGUUGGUGCUGUCGGCGCUGAAGUAUGGCUACCACUUGAGAAAUUCACAACUGCGCAACGUAUGUCGCCUACAUAUCGCCACAGAGCCACUUUGCCAUUGAAUGACGAGACGCACGGCGGUGAGGAUGUUAUAGUGUUUGCAAAUGGACCCGGCGCGAAUAUGGUUCGUGGCGUUUUCGAGCAGAAUUACUUGGCAUACGUGAUGAGUUAUGCCGGUUGUAUGGGUCCGGCUAAAAAAGCCGACGAUAGUUGUGAGUUGAAAGUGAAACGUAGUGGUGCCAGUCAAGUGGUUCAACACAGUUUUCUACUUUUGGUCACAUUACUCUUGUUGAAGUCAUUCUAUUCCUGAAAUUGAAAUUCCUAAAACAAAUAAAAUUAUUUUGUUAUUAGAGAUUAGGUGCAAAUUGUUAUUUAGUUUAAUUGUUAAUGUUUCACCCAAACUUCCCGUUACUCCAUCUACAAAUUGUGCAAUUUUUGUUAUUUUCUUUUGUAGAACUCUUAUGCUGUAAAUAUGUUUAAAUUAAGCGAAUUCGUUUUAAGUUAUAAAAUAUACGAAUAAAAAUCAAUUAUUUUAGAGUUUACAAA